GACUAUAUAACCACCAAUGCUAGAUUAUUAUAUAAGCAGCUCGAGCGUGAACAGAGGAAGUUAGCCUAGGGUUUAUUUCCACAAUGAUUUACGACGUCAAUUCUCCCCUCUUCCGCUCAUUCCUCAGCCAGAAAGGCGGUUCCUCCGACAAUAGGAAAAUGGAGGAGCAUAAGCCUAAGGAACAAAGACCCAAAGCGAAUGAGAACAAACCGGUUAUGACAGAGUAAACAAAUGCUUUUGCUUAAUUAGUGUGCUUUUAAAAUGUAAUGGGUUGGUGGA